AUGGGUCUCGCAUACGCCCCCCCCCUUACGCGUAUGUCUUCAGCUGGCCUACCACCACCGUCUGCUUCGCUUACUUUCGGGCCCCAUCUGCCCCGUUUCAUCGGCCUCUUCUGGCCCCAGCAACCCAGUCAACUGGCCAAUGUAGCGGCAGGAGAGACAACAGGCGUCCUCCCUUGUUACCGGCCUAUCCCUCGGGCCGCGGGUAGACUGAGCGAAUGUGUUGAUGGCAGGACAAAAGGUAAACCCAGUUCAGAAUUGUGGGACACCUUCAAUGCCCUCAAUAGCUUCGCCGAUCCUGGCCUAUGCCCCCGAUUCCCUCCACGUACCAUCGAUUCCGCACUGUUGCCAAGCCCUGCCUCUUGA